AUGGAUCAACAAUUAACAACACCUGUUCCACAACAACAGCAACAACAACAAGAUAUUAAUAUUAAAGAUUUGUUAAACAAGAUUGAAAAUGUUGCACUCAAGAAUACCAAAUCAAAAGAAUGUCUUGACUUGUUAAAACUAUUGUAUAGAAUAACAAUCAAUUACUAUAAAACAAAUAAUAAUAAUAGUAGUAGUAGUAGUGGUAAAAAGAAUCAUCACAAUAAGAAAAGGAAUCAUCAUCAUCAACAACAACAACAAUCAAUCAUUUUACCAAAUGCUUUAAAAGCAAACCCUGUAUUUAUAGAAAAGUUAACAACGGUUUUGAUUGAUCCAAAUUCACCAUUACGUGUUAAAACAUUAUCAUUAUCGAUUAUAUCAAAGAUAUCAACCAAUGAACCUCAAUUAUUACAUAAAAAUUUAAAAACAUUUUUUAAUGAUCAUAAAGUAUUAUCAUUAUUAUUAUCAUUGAUGAUAACAAGUGGUAGUGGAAAUGCAUCAUUGUUUAUUGGUACCAUUCCAUUCAUCGCUCAAUCAAUAUUGGAACCAUUAUUAAGAUCGUCUUCAUUACCAUUCCUAUCAACCUUUGUUAGACAUUAUUCCGAUAGCAUACCAAUGUCUCAAAUCAAACCAAUUGAAAGUCAAUUGGGUCAAUUUCUUUCACAUGCCAGUUUGGUUUCUGAUCAAAAACAAUCAAAUACUGGAUUUUUUAAAAUUGGACAACAAGGAGCAGCACCAGUAACAGAAAUGGAUGGAUCAAUAUCGAUUGAAUUUUUUACAGUAUUGAAUAAUUCUCAAGUCUAUACAGAGGAUCAAUCAUUUAAUAUUUAUUCAUUCUCUAUGCUAUAUGUUUGGUUGACAAAUCUAUAUAAUCCACAAAAACAACAACAACAACAACAAUCACAACAACAACAAAUUGGAGGCGAAACACCACCACAAACACCAAGAGAAAUUGGAUCAGCACUAUCAAAUAGAGUUUUAAAUCCAAAUUUUCAAUCCAUCAUUGUAUCCUAUUGUCUAAGAAUUAUUGAUCAAUCAAAACUUAGACCUAUUCAAGAUGAAAAAAGCGGUGGUGCUAUUGAUAAUAUAGCUGUUAUUGCAUUGCUAGAGAGUAUUAGAAUAUUGGAUUUCCUUUGUUGUAUGGAUAUCAAUUUGGUACCAAAAAUCUUUCCAACCGUUCAAAAGGCCUAUCAACUUCAUAUUCCAUCUAGUAGGAAUACAAAUGCAAACUCUGGUCAUGUAUUAUUAGCUCUUUUACAAUUUUUUGUAAAUCAUAGUCAUACUCUAAUCUAUGAUCCAGAACCUUUAUUUAGAGCUUAUUUUCAAACUUUUUUACCAAAAACUUAUAUGAAUUCAUUUGUAUCAUUUGAAACAUUAAAUUUUUGUUUAAAAAAUAAGGAAAAGUUAUUAGAGAAUUCAAAUGUAUUUGGAUUAUACUUUCCACCUAUAUUUAAAUGUUUGGCAUGGUUUCCUCAUAGUUUAAUUGGAGAGUUUAGUGAAUUGCUGCCAUCAUUAAUUUCACCAAAUACUUUUAUUGAAGUAUUUCAUUUACUUUUGGAUUUACCUUUAUUAACCUCUUCAAUGGAAAGUGUUUUAGUUGAACAAAGAAAAUAUGCAACAAUGGGAGGAAUAGAUAUAAAUGAUUUAAAUGAUACAGCAUGGAGCGAAUAUAGAGUUUUAUAUAAUUAUUUAUUAAGAAAUGAAAGUGGAGUAUCGAUUAAUUUUUGGUCAACUACAACAUUGCCACUACUUCAACAAUUUUGUAGAAAGACACCUGUAACGCCAAGAACCAUUGGAUCAUGUGAAUUGGUACCUGCAUUGUUACAUAUUUAUUUUGACAUUUUAUUGGCCUAUGGUGACAAGACUAUAUUUAGAUCGUUGUUGCCAGUUGUAUUUGAACGUGUCGAACAAAUGUUUCCAUUUGAACCAUAUCAACGAUCUGUUAAACAAACUCUUAUUACAGAGAUCAUGUCCAUCUUUAAUCAAUAUCCAUCGUUGGUAGUAGAUGAAAAGGAUCUUUUGGUACAAAUCAUCACCGAAGGUAGAGGUGGAGGAAUCGAUAUGACACAAUGCUUGUGUUGGAUCAUUGGAGAGUACAGUAGUGCAAGUAUCUGUACAGAAAUUACUCCAACCAUUUUCAAUGACUAUCACGAAGCACUCGAAUUGAUUGCCUAUGAACGUAUCAAUAUGAUGAAAAUGGAAUCACUCUCUAGUGUCUCUAAUUCAUCACUUAAUCAACAAUCUCAACAACAACAACAACAACCACAACAAGAACAACAAUCAUCUAUUUUAUUGUUGGGUCAACCACAUCAACAACAUCAACACAUCUCUGAACAAGUCACAUUAAUGUUGGUUAUUAUUUCGUCGUUGACCAAGUUGGCAGCACGUUGGCCAGAAGCAACUAGUCGUGUCAUUCUAUGUCUUUUAAAGGUUCAAAGUUACCACCAAUACUUUGAUCCUCAAGUCAUUCAACGUUCUAUUGAAUGCGUGCAACUAUUACAAUUCCCAAGUUUCUCUAGUGCACUCUAUGAUUACAAUCGUUAUCAUUAUAAUAAUAUUAAUAAUAAUGAAACUAGUACUGGUUCACUUUCAUACAUCAAUUCUAUUUCUCAUGAUAAUCAUAGUUCUCUAUCAUUUUUAUUAAUUGAUGGAAAUAAAUAA